AUGGCAUUCAAAAGCGGGUCGUUCGCGACUUUCCUCAUUGUCUGCCCGACUUGCUUCUUCCUGGGAAUCAUCUUCUCCCUCUUCCCCUACGACUACCCUAUCCUCUGGUCCACCGUAACCACCCCAGCCGCCCACUAUGACUACCUGGAAGCGCACCUCCGCUUCCUGCAUGCCUCGCCCCCACUCAUUCCUCGCAUCCUGCAUAUCGUAAUCUUCCUCGGUCUCGCCGGCCUCCUCACAAAGCUCUACAAGCCCUCGGAAUCCAACAUGCUCUUCGACGGUGCCUCUCUAGUCCUUUACAUGUGCGGCGUAACCGUCUACAUCGCCAACAUCGUCAAGGGUCUGCGCCUUGCCUCGGCCGGUCAAUACGGCGCCGAGCUCGCCUCCACCCCCGACGAGAAGGAGCAGAUUCUUGGCCGCGAAGACUCCCUCAAGGUCCUCUCCGCCAGCAACACAAUCCUCGCUCUUGUCCUCGUUGGCAUCUUGGUUCUCCAGGCUGGUCAAUGGUACGCGGAGCGCAAGGACGCGCAGGAGUUCGAGUCGCUUGCGGGAGACAAGAAGGCCGAGAAGGAAUCUGCUGAUUCGGGCGCUGUGUCUGGCUCGUCGACUGCCACGGCUGCUAAGCCUGGUCGUGCAGGCAGCCAGCGCAAGAAGAGCAAUUGA